AUGUCUGAGGUCGAGACGCAGUAUGUCAAACGUGGGUAUUGGAACAACAUCGAGCAUGGUUCUAUUCUAGGUGGAGUAAUUACCACCGAUGUUCGCACUGGUUCCGUUACAAUCGCCCUGCUCGCUAUCUUGGUGACAAUCGCAACGGCACAUCUCUGGAAUUUGGUCGUCUUUGUUCUACACAUGUUACGUGCAGACGGAAGACCAGCUGACGGGUUGUUUCAACAGCAGCAAGCUCUUCUUCGCACUGCUGCGGCACCAACUUCGAUGCUAGCCGAUUGGGUGAAGCUUUGGUGGAUCUGGAGAAAGCGAACGACAAAGGCUCUGGCGCGAUCUGUCCUAAUAUUCAUUCUCACCUCACUCUUCGCGGCGGCUACCAUCGUGGCCGGAGUGUUCUCAUCUUACGUCGUGGACACAUCGAAUUUGCAUGUCCUUGUGGACAGUCCGGCUUGCGGACCACUGCGUCCCAAUGAUGGGAAUACUUUCUCAGCCAACAAUCUCGCAUUCCUGGAUUAUAAUGGCAAAUUACAAGCCCUGAGUGUACCAUAUGCCCAGGAGUGCUAUCAGGAAGGAACGUCGCUCCCAGCACGAUGUCAUAUUUUCGUGCAGCCAAAUAUUCCACUGGUCCCGGAGCGCCACGAUUGCCCUUUCGCAGACACAAUCUGUAAGCCGUUCGACAAACCCGGCGUCACCGUAGACUCUGGUCUUGUCGAUGCAAACGAUAUAUUUGGUUGGAAUCUCCAGGCACACCAACGACUCAAAUACCGCAGGAAGACCACUUGCGGAGUCCUCAAAACGCAAGAGUACCAGACAGUCUUCGAAGCGAAGGACUAUCCAUUCAAUACGCGGCCUUUACUGCCUGGCGAGCAAAACCUAGCAGCUCAUUAUGGUCUUCGGCGUUCUACGGGUGAGUGGGCAAAUCUUACUAUGGCCCAGAGUCUUGUCCUGGCGAAUGUAACGCGAGGAUACACAGUGAACACCGUCAUGCGCUGGGGCGCGCCGGAACGAGACAUCAGUAGCAUUUUCGAUCCCAUUCCAGAGCUGGCGACUGAAAAUGCCGACUUGACGUUGAUCAUGGUGACGCUGAACCAAGUGCGAUAUUCCGCGCCUGUUGAGGAUCCGUUCUUCUCUGCGCAUAAGCCGUUCAAUUGGAUUGCUUCCACAACUGAUAACAUGACCGUCUACUUUUCUGAUUGGCCUAAUGCCAUGCUGGGAUGCAAACAAAAGCACCAACUCUGCCAUGCGCGCAAAGGCGAGGAAGACUUCUGCACAGAUCUAUCUUUCCUUCCCGAUGCCGUAAAUUCAACAAGUUUCCCCAACGCCAGCGAGCUCCAAAUUGCAGGCUUGCAACUCAUUCUCGAUGCAAGCUCUUCUUCCACUAGCUACGAUGCUGCUCUGAAAGGUCUCAACGCAACGGCCAAGUUCGCCAGCAACAACGGAUUUGUAACUAAGGACUUCCCAGCCGAUCAAUGGGUCACCGAAGUUGUUGGAUGGGAGAAGUAUAUAUGGGCGACUUUCCAGGCGUAUAUCGCUGAUUAUGCCAUGGGUUUCAGCGCCCGAGUCCCUGCACUAAAGGAGUAUAUACAGACAAAUCUUACCAAAGGUGAGAAGGAGCUCUGCGGUAUUCAGCGAAUGGUGAAGCCUAGUGGAGUCAUGAAUAUCUCUGUUGUUGGCCUUGCUAUUGUCGUAGCGCUCGCGGCAUUUUUUACACUGUUCGACUUGAUCGUACUCAAAUUCAUCAUCUUCCUCGGGCGCUCUCGCAAAGCGCUUGCUCCGCGCAUCGAUAGAUGGAUCCAGUAUGGAGUUUUUCAACUGCAGCGACGUGUUUACGAGGCCAAUGAAGAGGGAAUUUGGGUGCGUCAGGAUACAGAAGUGCCUGCUACGAUUGAUGGUCAGCCGUUGUGCGAACUAUCAGUUGAGACGCCUCGGCAUUGCUGCACACACACUUGCACGAAGAAGAAUGGCGAUGUAGUUAUCCCAAGGGUGGGUAUAAAGCGAGGUAUAACGGUGAUGAGCGAUGCAACGACAGUAUAUGAUCAGACAGAUAAUGAGGCGUCCUCGAAGAGUAGUUCGAUAAAGAAGGGGACAAUGUAUCCUGCGGGCAAGUAGCUAUUAUAGUUUAGGGCCUGAUUUGGAAGCUGAGGAGCGCUUGCACCUCUAGUCGGCGCGCCGUACAUACUUUUUUGAUUUUUAAGUAUAGACACACCAAGGUACUCAUCUCCACUAAGGACCCAUCCUUAC